AUGUCCUCGAACAAAACACUCCCAACUCCUGCUGAGAUCUUGCAGCGUUUCUACGACGCAGAGACGAUCUACAUGGUCGCCUUACCCCAGAAAAGGGAUUUCUCUGGCAUGGCCGCAACUUUAUCUCCAGACAUGAAGCUCGUUCAGUCGCCAGACUUGCUUUGGAGCGGGAUAUUUCACGGGCAUGCCGGAUUCCAGAAGUGGAGCGAGACCAUGGCAUCGUACUUCAAUGGGCUUGAGGUCACGGAUGCUCAGGUGUUCGAGAAAAGUGGCAGCGACAGCGUUGUUAUCCACUCAGUAUUGAAGCUUCGAAUUAGGAAGAACUACAAAAGAUUGGAGAGGCCAUUGGUUCAGGUUGUAAAAGUCGACAGAGCGAAGGGCGUUAUCGUAGAGAUCACGCCGUUCUAUUGGGAUGUCAAGGGCUUGAACGAAAUCUUGCCGAAGUGGAUGUCUUCCAGAUGUCAUCAGCACUGGUAUGAAGGACCGUACUUGCAAACGAUCGUCUAG